UUCGCUUUCGGUUUCGCUUUCGUGUUCAAAACGCCAGUUUCCAAUUUCGAUUCGGAAGUCUCUCGAAAGGAAGUGACCGAGUCCAUCCAACCUAUAUAAACCCCGCGUUUCGACAUCUUUUACCACGCUUCACAUUCACGGUAUAUCUCUCGCACAGACGCAAACUCUGCUCGCUGAGCUCACGGAAUCGGAUCGAAGUUCGGGGGAAUCUAAUUGGAUCGCACUGUUAACUUUAGAAUUUGGAUCGUCGCUCAUCUUAUCUGCAGAUCGAAAGUUCGUUUUUCGAUGAUAAAAUUUAGAACUGAACUCUCGGAUCUUUGAAUUUUGUUGACUUAUCGCGUGAUUUGUUUUAACUGUCUACUCUGCUGUAGGUAAUUUGUCUGACAAAUGCUUUUAGUGUGAAUUGGUGAUUAUUCGUUGCUUUCUUCGGCGUUAAGUUGAUGGUCUUGUAGAUAGGUGGGAUUCUGUUUGCUAUGCGAGAUAAUCUAUAACGGGAGAGUGGAACACGAUGUGAAAUCAUAUGUGUCCUUGUGUUUUGAAAGAUUUUUGAAAUUUCGGUCUUUGUGACAACGUCGGGGGAAUUGAAUGGUUUCAAGCUUCUUUCCCUUUUUCUGUUUCUCUACGUUUUCCCAUGGUUGAAAGAGAGCCUUAGGUCUUAGGGAGAGUACGUUGAUGGAUUUUAAGUCGCAGUUAUUUUUGUUGAAGGAGAUCUGGAUGGAGUUGUGGUUAGUUUUGAUCUUUUUUAUUUGCCUUUCCACUUUUUUUUUUUGAUUUCAUGUAAUUGUGAUGCCAUUUGUUUAACUUUUUCUAAUUGGUUAUUUGUUUACUAUUUCUCCUUGUGAUUCAUUGUUCGGUUAUCUUGUGAUUGUUUGCUGUGUGAUUCUGCUAUGGUAUGGUGUUUGUUCUUGUGUUAGUCUUAUUGAAGCACGAGAUUGGCGAUUGUUGAAAUGAAGUUAAAUUUAUGCAGGAGAAUGAUUAUCACAUGUGUAUUUUAGUCUUGUUAUGCUGGUAGGGCUUUUGCUCGUGUUGUGAUUGUAGUAGAUCACAGGAGUAUUUAAGUCAUAUUGUUGUGGGGAUUUUUGGUGGUGUUGUGAUUGGAUUAGCUGUGUGUUUGCACCGUAAUUUGGACUAAUAAAUGGUUUGUGAUCGUUGUGUGUCUGUCAGUCUGUGGCUCUAUUGUCUCGACCUUGAAUUGUAACAUUGGUGCUGGUGAAACUAAAUCUAGAGUUACUCAGGAGGGAAGUCUCAGAAAUGAAAAAAAGUUAAAUAUUCUGAUUCUGUAGUUUUUUGUUUUGCCUUGUCUUAAUGAAGAUUUCUUUGUGAUACUAUACUUGCCAAUUUUAGGUAUUAUUGACUCCAUCUUGAGGUACUAAUCAGCUAACAAGCUAACAGCAAGUUGGAGUGUUCUUUACUGCCUUGACCUGAUAUUUUUGCUAUGAAGUUUUAGGUUUAUACUAGUGUCUCUUAUUGUAGCAAUAUAGAAGAGUGAAACCAGGUUACGCUGUGUAUAAUUAUACUAGUUUCUCUUAUCGUAGCAAUCUAGAAGAGUGAAACCAGGUUACGCUGUGUGUAAUUAUACUAGUUUCUCUUAUUGUAGCAAUCUAGAAGAGUGGAACCAGGUUACGCUGUGUAUAAUAUAGAUGAAGCAGUUUAUCUGGUUCGUAUCAGCUCCUCAUUGUAAAAAUAGAGCAGUGUCUCCUAGUUUCAUUUGUUAUGUGGCAUCCGCAUAUGUUUGAGUUAGGUCGCAUUUGUCUUUAUUCCCUCAUAUGUCACUGCUGGUCAUGAAUUUCACAUAAGUUUUAUCCCCUAAGCUUCAACUUGGACCUUGGUAAAGAACCUCUGAUUGUUGGAUUAUGCCAUCUGAGCCAUCGACCGUUCAGAUACUUACACUCUUACUGUUGUAGAUGAUACAUUGGGCUACUUUGUCUGUGUCAAGAAGUUUAUUGAUCCUUGGUCUUCCUCUACACCACUUUGAGCUAAUGUUUCCUAGGCCUUUCUCUAGUUUGAACUUGAUAAUUUUUGGACUCCUGUUUCGAGUCAGAAUUUUAUUCAUUGGGUGGAAAACUGACUUUUUCUACCAGUAGUAUGCAACCUUGUCACCAAUUAGAUUAUCAGGGGAUUGGCUGAAACGAAUGUUGCUAUAUUUCUUCAAAGUGGAGCUGGUCCUGAUGAUGUAGAACUUUUUUAAGUAUUGGGUUAGUUCAAAUUUUCCAGAGACUUGGUGCCGAGUCGCAACUGAGGUUAUGAAGUAUAGUUGGAUUUUGGUUCCGGGACAUCUUGAAGGAAUCAAGUGAUCAUGCCAUGCUAUAGCUUAAUGUUCACAGCUGAAGGCUCUGGAGAUCCUCAGUGCUGCGUUGUAGUUUUAUAUGGGGUUUUUUUUGUAGAUCUACUUGUUUUGAAUUCUUCUCUUGGAGUAUUGCUGAUUGGAGCUGUUCAGCGUUACUUGGAUUGUGUUUUGCUGAUUUCAAUUGGUCUGCCGCAGUAUUGAAGAGAGCAACAGUCUCGUGGGAUGUUUGCGUGGCUUGAUCGGAUGACUAAACAUGCCUUUGAAGUUUUGAGACCUUUGCUUAUUAUCUUACUAUAUGCAGGUGCUCUAGGCUAGUAAUCAACUUCUGAAUAGUUGAUAUGGUACUUAUGGGGGAAGUAGCAGUUAUGUUUUCCGAGUCUCAACAAGCUGGAAUGGAGACCCUACAACAUUUACAUUUUGAGGAGAAUGAAACAUGUGCAGUGGACUCUUGCUUUCUACAGUCAGCUGGCAAGUGCAUGCUUGCUGAAACUGAUCAUAUAAAAACCACUGAAUUGCUCAAUAAAGGAGUUAUGAAGUAUGGAUGCUCACACUAUCAGCGAAGGUGCCGUAUCAGGGCACCCUGUUGCAAUGAGAUUUUUGAUUGCCGGCACUGUCAUAAUGAGGUGAAGAACAAUAUCAAUGUCGAUUGGAAGCUUAGACAUGAGAUGCCACGCCGUCAAGUGAGUCAGGUGAUAUGUUCACUUUGUGGCACCGAACAGGAGGUUCAACAAGUUUGUAUCAACUGUGGUGUGUGUAUGGGGAAGUACUACUGUGAGACAUGCAAGUUGUUUGAUGAUGAUACAUCUAAGGAACAGUAUCAUUGCUCUGGCUGUGGGAUUUGCAGAAUUGGAGGGCGUGAAAAUUUCUUUCAUUGCUAUAAAUGUGGCUGUUGCUACUCAAUUCUUUUGAGGAACAGUCACCCUUGUGUAGAAGGGGCGAUGCAUCAUGAUUGCCCUGUCUGCUUUGAGUUUUUGUUUGAGUCAAGAUUUGAUGUGACUGUUAUGCCCUGUGGACACACCAUUCACUCUGACUGUUUGAAAGAGAUGAGGGAGCAUCAUCAAUAUGCCUGCCCUCUUUGCUCCAAGUCUGUUUGUGAUAUGUCCAAGGUAUGGGAGAAGUUUGACACGGAAAUCGCUGCUACACCAAUGCCGGAAGAAUAUCUAAAUAAAAUGGUUUGGAUCCUUUGCAAUGACUGUGGGAAGACCUCAGAAGUGCGGUUCCAUGUGGUUGCUCAAAAAUGCUUGAAUUGCAAAUCAUACAAUACUCGCCAAACUAGAGGGUGAGCAGAGGCAGAGGCUUUCGGAUGAAGUUGGCGAUUAUAUUGGUGAUUGCUUUCCCAUUAUACCAAUGAGUGGGGAUUCAAUUGCUUGGAGAUGACCGCAGGAGCCAUGGAGCCACCUCUUGGAGUGCAUUGUGGUUGAGCUUCAUGUUGUAAGGGGUGAUCAAGUAGAAAGCUGCCUUUUGUCCAGCCAUUGCAGUUUUAGCUUGUAUUUUCUCUAUUUCUGUUUAUGUCUUGUUAAUGACUGUUUAUGCAAAUCAUUGAUUUAUUGGGUCCA